AUGGCUUCUAUCUGCACAAAGACCCAAAAGCUCAACACCGGCGCCUCCAUCCCUUCAAUUGCCCUCGGAUGCUGGCAGGCGUCGCCAGAGGACACGUACACCUCAGUUCUGGCCGCCUUGAAGGCCGGCUACAGACACAUCGACACCGCCCAUGUGUACUGCAACGAGGCGGACGUGGGCAGAGCCAUCAAGGACUCGGGCGUCCCUAGAGAGUCGCUGUUCAUCACCACCAAGCUCUGGAACACCAACCACAGAGACCCAUUGUCUGCGCUGAACGGCUCGUUGGAGAGACUCGGCAUGGACUACGUCGACCUGUACCUGGUGCACUGGCCUGUUCCCUUUGUCAAGCCUCCACCAGACGCUGAGGAACAGCUGUUCCCGAAGGAUCCGAACAACCCUGGAAAACCAGCCCUCGACAAAGACUGGGAUUUCGUCAAGACAUGGGAGCUGAUGCAGCAGCUGCCUAAGGAGAAGGCCCGGGCCGUGGGCGUGUCGAACAUGUCCAAGACAAACCUGGAGAAGCUGCUCUCUGCGCCAACCACCAAGGUCGUUCCUGCAGCCAACCAGGUCGAGAUGCACCCAUACUACCCGCGCCACCAGCUGCUCGAGUACUGCAAGCAGAAAGGCAUUGUUGUGGAGGCGUACUCGCCGCUGGGCAGCACUGGCUCGCCGCUGCUCAAGGACGAGGACAUCAUUGCGCUCGCCGAGAAGAAGGGCAUCUCUCCGGCCUGUCUGGUGAUCUCGUGGGCGCUGCACAGAGACACUGUGGUGCUGCCAAAGAGCGUGACUCCGUCGCGGAUCGAGGCCAACAUCAAGGUCGUCGACCUGGACGACGAGACCGCCGACGCCAUCUCGGCGCUGUACAAGACCAAGGGCAGACGGAUCCUGAACCCGGACUGGGGCGUUCCCGUCUACAACGACGAGGAGGACAACUUUUAG